AUGCAGCAGAAGCGACCUCGUAGCCCCAGCCCCGAACCGGCGCCCUGCUGGGAACCACAGCCACAAGGACCCAGCUCUGCCAAGCACCUCCGCCUCCACGAGCCCGCCCGAAAUGGGCCCCCAAUUCCACCCAACUUGGAAGCGCCCACCCCGGCCGCCCGUGAGGAGAUCAUCUCCAUGUUGUUUCUGCUUGACCUGCUGCUGGAACCCCAGCCCACCUCGGUAACGCAAGUGGAGCUCCCUGGAGUCACCUUAAUCCUGGUCCCCGAGGGUCUCCUGUUGUCUGCUCUUCUCGGACAGCCUGAGAUCUCGUCCACCAGCCCACAGGAAGCCGCUCUCCUGCAGACGCACCAGGAACAACUUGUCCUCCUCCCUGCUGAGUUCAUCCUAGAGAUCUCCUAUCAAGAGGACGCCUGUGAUGAGGACCAGAACUCUGGAUUCAUGUCACCCUGGAUAGGUGCUCCACCUGGUGAGGCCUCUGAGCUUAUUUCCAGCACCAAGAGGAUGUCCAGCCCUUGGACCCCGGACUACAACCUCGAACCACAGCUUCCAGUGCUCUCCUCUAAUGCAGCUAGAAACAUCUGGGACUUGGACAGCUACCUGCUGGGACCUUUCCCCACCUCACCUCUGCCUCCAUCUCCUCCUCCAAGUCUCCAAGAACAGCACCCUGCAGGCCCUUCACGCUCUCCACAGGACCAGUGCAAGCCACCUGGGGUAUUGGAAAGCCCAGACACAAGGCUUCUGGCCGGAGCCUUUGCAAUGGAGGGUCAAGGGGCGGAGCCUAGUGUGAGAUUUCACAACUUAAUUUUCCGGUGGAUCAUUGACGAUAUAAUUGACAUCCAGGGUGUAUCCGGCCUGACUUGA